CGGGGGCCGGGGAAGGGACAGGCAGCGCUUGACAGCCGGAGGCGAUGGGAGGCAAGAAAGUUUGCAUCGUGGGCUCCGGCAACUGGGGUUCGGCUAUUGCUAAGAUUGUGGGGAGCAAUGCGGCCAAGCUGGACAAAUUUGACAGCACUGUCAACAUGUGGGUCUUUGAAGAGGAGGUUGGUGGAAAGAAACUGACUGAGAUCAUCAACACACAGCAUGAGAAUGUCAAGUACCUGCCGGGACACAAGCUGCCACCGAAUGUGGUGGCAGUGCCAGAUAUCUUAAAGGCCUCAGAAGGUGCUGACAUCCUUAUGUUCGUAGUGCCACACCAAUUCAUUGGAAAGCUCUGUGACCAGCUGAAAGACCACAUCAAGAAGGAUGCAAUUGGGGUCUCACUCAUCAAGGGGGUUGAUGAAGGCCCAGAUGGGCUGAAGCUAAUAUCGGACAUCAUACGGGAGCAGCUAGGCAUCGAAAUGAGUGUGCUAAUGGGGGCCAACAUUGCCAAUGAGGUGGCAGAAGAAAAGUUCUGUGAAACAACCAUUGGCUGUAAGAACAUAGAGCAUGGGCAGAUUUUGAAGGAGCUGAUGCAGACUCCCAAUUUUCGAAUCACAGUGGUGAAGGAGGCAGACACCGUGGAGAUUUGUGGGGCUCUCAAGAACGUGGUGGCUGUUGGAGCUGGCUUUUGUGAUGGAUUAGGCUUUGGAGAUAACACCAAGGCUGCCGUCAUUCGCCUGGGCCUAAUGGAGAUGAUCGCCUUUGCCAAACUCUUCUGCAAGGGCAGUGUCACUUCUGCCACCUUCCUGGAGAGCUGUGGGGUUGCUGACCUUAUCACCACCUGCUACGGGGGCCGUAAUCGCAAAGUGGCCGAAGCGUUUGCCAAGACAGGCAAGUCUAUUGAGCAGCUGGAGAAGGAGAUGCUCAAUGGGCAGAAACUACAGGGCCCCCAGACUUCAGCAGAACUGAACCACAUCCUCAAGCACAAGAACCUGGUAGAUAAAUUCCCACUCUUCACUGCUGUCUAUGAGAUUUGCUAUAAAGGUAGACCUGUCACUGAGUUUAUCACAUGCCUGCAGAAUCAUCCAGAGCACAUGUGAUGGGCUUUGCGACUAGUUCCAGCAAGCAAGGCAGUGGGAGGAUCUUGCCAUUUGCUGUCACCCCAACAUGAGGAGAAGAGGGACCGAAUACAGAGCUCUGGGUAAUCCAGGGAUGUCACAAGCAUAGGAUCCACCGUAGCAACCAAAUAUGGAAUUGCUUUGCUUUGACUAUGGAUCCCCAUCAUUCACCAGUCCUGCCUUUGAUGUCCACCAAGUUGCUUCAACAUGCAGUCUCUAUUUUGGUUCUUGUUGGCUUAAGGCAGCUCGUUUUCCAGUCGCUGUAACAGACAAAGCUUUUGCUCUGAUUUCUUCCAUGUGCAAAGAAAGCCUUCAUUCUAGAUCCUCUGCUCCAUUCCUCUGCCUUAAUUUGAACUUCUCCAGCUGUGGAUUUACGUUUGAUCCCUCUUGGCUUUAGUUGCCAUCCAAAAGGUUUAUCAAAUCCAAUACCUAUCAGUAGAAAAGAGGAACAAAUACUGUCCCUGCCUUUAAUGGCCAGGCCUGGAGAAUAAAAAAACAAACAAACAUCAGGCAUUGUUAAGAAUAGCACUUUGUAAUGAGUUCUCUAUUGCUUUCUCUGUAGACAAAGAUGUCUGGCCUCAGCAUCGCUGCUAUCUAUAGCAAUGGGAACCACAGCCAUGAAUGUGAAUAUUAUGUUUUGGAAGAAUAAAUAUAUAAGUGAGAAAUUA